AUGGUAAAUCUCAGAUUUGGAGCAGGACUGUGUGGAGUGAGAUGCCCUAUGUUCAUUCUGUCCCAGAAACUUAAAGCUUUGAAGAUUGCCUUAAGACCCUGGAAUAGAGAAGUUUUUGUUGAUGUCCAUCAUAGAGUUGAGAAUCUAAGAUCUGGUGUGGUGCAAUACAAUUGCAAUUGGACAGAUUUGGUUACUCAAUCUCUUCACAUUCAGGAGUAA